GAGAGGAGAGAAAAGCGAAGGAGACAGUGGACAAGAGAGUGGAUUCAACGACGCAAUGCUGGGACAGGAGCGUUGCAUAUGCUCCACAAUGAGCUGAGGUUUCAAGAUCCAGUUUCAUUUAGGAAUUUCACGCGAAUGGAUGCCGAAGUUUUCACGAAAUUGCUGACUAUAAUUGAAAAUGAUAUCCGUAGGCAAGAUACGAACAUGCGGGAGUCGAUAAAACCAAGAGAUAGACUCGCUGUCACCUUAAGAUUUCUUGCCACUGGUGAAACUUUCCAGUCGCUGGCGUAUGCUACCAGAAUAGCACCAAAUACUCUAUCACAGAUAAUUCCGGACACCCUUCAAGCAAUAUUAAACAAUUUGGAGGAUACUUGUAUAAAGCUUUCACUAACAGCUGGAGGCGUCACGAAAUAG